GUUGACUUUUCUAUUUCUUUCCAACGCACACACACACCACAAAGCAACGCCUCGUUCCGCCCAACCUGACCCCCAGUACAAGCUUCGUUACCGCAUCGAAUGGUGGAUGGACCGACAAAUCCGCCGCACUACGCGCUUUGCCAGACGGGUGCAAACGUUUUUGUUUGGCAGCCCACCAGAACCCCCCAGCCCAUUGCGAAAGUUGUGAAAGGGACCCCUGUUGUCGGCAAUUGGGUGGACUAUCCCACCCCCGAAGGCCCCUCGCGAGGGGAAAUCCUGCACGUAGGCACAAUCGACUACAUUCGAGCCGACAGAAUCGUCACUGACGAUUCGCCCGUGUACGUCGUGGAAGAUGAGAACACAUUAGAGCACAGAGUGCUCUCCAAGCGGUCCUUCACCAAGCUAUCCCCGGCCGCCCCUUGGAUUACCCGUGAGGGAGGGGGUACCGUGUAGGAAUAUCUUCUUGGAAAACACAUCAGUCGUUUUGACGUUGCGGAUGGGUGUCGGCCAAGGGUUAUGUAAUGAUCGCGAUUGUUUGCACGUGAUAUAUUGAAAGCAGA